AAUGAUGACAAUAAUCUUGGCCUUAAUGACUACAAUGGAAUACUACCUGAUGGAGUAUAUGGCAGCGAUACGCGAUAUGAUUUCUGCUGUAGGAAUGACCCAUAUGAUGAAAGCACAAAGUGGCCGAUUGAACUCCCAAAUGCGAAGCCUUUCUAUUUAAUCAAGAACUCAGAAAAUUGUCAAGCAGUAGCAGGAAUGGAGUUCACAGAAGACACUGUCAGAUUCUCUGGAGGCUCACAGAAUGGAUCUGCUCCAUAUGAUCCAUCCCUCCCUGAGCGAACAACUCUCAGCCUCUGUUACUACUACCCCAUACAAUACGGUUGCAACAAUGUAGUGACUUUGGACAGUAGUUCUCCAUCUGUCACAAUAGAAACACCAAACUAUCCAAGUGCCUAUAAUCCCAACCAGGAAUGCAACUGGCUUAUAAAGGCUCCAGAGGGAAGCAGGGUGAACAUAUUCUUUGAAGCAUUUGACAUUGAUGGUGACGAACUUCUUAACCACACACAUGUGUGUGAGGACUAUGUUGAGAUAAGGAAGAGUAUGUUGGGACAACCAGGAAGUAGAAUCUGUGGGGAACAAGUAAGAAGGUCUUGGAUGACAGAGGAGAGUACCACCUGGUUGAAGUUCAGAUCUGAUAGGGAGGUAGAGAAAACUGGUUUCAGAGCAGUCAUCACAUACAACACUGAUGACGAUAUAGUACCAUUUUACAACCCAUCUACCAAGGGUGCAUCCUAUAGGGGAGAGAUGGCAUAUACACAGGGAUAUAGACCAUGCAAGAACUGGCUAUCUGUGAAACAUUGUGAUGUGAAUCCCUUGGAUCCAGAAUACUUUGAAAAGGGUCUAGGUGACCACUUUUUCUGCAGAAAUCCCAACAACCUCUACCGACCUUGGUGUUACAUAGAUGACUUCUGUACUCAGGACUUCUGUGAUAUACCAAACCUAGGUGUAUGUCAUGAUAUCUACAAUGACUGUAGUGAGCAGAUUGCCAACAACAGUGACACAUGUUCUACUGUAGAUGGACUGAGAGGAUGUAAAAAGUCAUGUGACUAUUGCAGCCUCAGAGUAGAAGAGAAGGAAACUAUCGAGGCUCCAUCCGUCGUAGACCCGUACGCUUUCACAGACAGCACUCUCAAACCACCAUACAAUGAUGGGGAUGUUAUAAGAUAUCAAUGUUCUUUUAAUGGAUCAACAGUAUUUGGGUUUGAUGAUAAAAUGGCACUGACAGAUGGAACUUGGAGU